CUCUGUGUUUCAGGUUUCCUUCCAAAUGAGUCCCUGAGGUUCCUGCUGGCAGCUCCAGCAGUGUCCUGUAGAAGUGCCGUCCUGCUCCUGGUCUCAGCAGCCGAGGCACCUCCAAACCUGCUUCUGCAAUGGGUGGGUUGUAAGCACUGGUAAUGAGGAGCUGUGGGUCCAGUCAGUCUUGGAGAUGCCGAAGAGACGAGACAUCCUGGCUAUCGUGCUGAUAGUUCUGCCCUGGACACUACUAAUCACCGUCUGGCACCAGAGCACCAUUGCUCCACUGCUUGCAGUGCACAAGGAUGAUGGUGGUGACUCCCGGCGUGAUUUCGCUGCAGGCUUGGACUCCAAGGAAUACUGCUUGUCGGACCGGGACAUUGUGGAGGUGGUGAGGACAGAAUAUGUUUAUACCCGCCCACCCCCGUGGUCAGACACCCUUCCCACCAUCCACGUCAUUACACCCACCUACAGCCGGCCUGUACAGAAGGCAGAGCUGACGCGCCUGGCCAACACCCUCCUGCACGUGCCAAACCUGCACUGGAUCCUGGUGGAGGACUCACAGAGGCGCACGCCUCUCAUCACCCGGCUGCUGCGGGACACGGGGCUUAACUACACCCACCUCAAUGUGGAGACACCCCGCAACUACAAGCUGCGGGGAGACAUGAGGGAUCCUCGCAUUCCCCGGGGGACCAUGCAGAGGAACCUUGCCCUGAGAUGGCUGAGAGAGACCUUUAACAAAAAUAACAGCCAGCCUGGAAUUGUUUACUUUGCCGAUGAUGAUAACACCUACAGCCUGGAGCUCUUUGAGGAGAUGCGCAGCACCAGAAGGGUGUCAGUGUGGCCAGUAGCCUUCGUUGGUGGCUUGCGCUAUGAGUCACCCAAAGUGAACGCUGCAGGGAAGGUCUAUGGCUGGAAAACUGUGUUCGACCCCCAUCGCCCCUUUGCUAUAGACAUGGCGGGGUUUGCUGUGAACCUCAGACUGAUCCUCCAGCGAUCUCAGGCUUACUUCAAACUGCGAGGAGUGAAGGGAGGCUACCAAGAGAGCAGCCUGCUCCGGGAACUAGUGACCUUGAAUGACCUUGAGCCGAAAGCUGCCAAUUGCACUAAGAUUUUAGUCUGGCAUACGAGGACAGAAAAGCCUGUGUUGGUGAAUGAGGGGAAGAAAGGAUUCACAGAUCCCAACGUGGAAAUCUGA